AUGCAACUCAUCUACUUGUGCUUGCCCACUAUGAUGCUCACUACGGUUCUGGCACUUCCAACCGGCAACAAAGUCGAUAGCAUGGAUAAGCGCCAGGGCCCAGGCUCUUUGUACGGCAUAUAUAAUGCUUACAACAUGUACGGGAACGUGGAUGGGACCACUGCUUCCGAUGACACCUAUGGCUCAUACACUGGCUACGAAGGGAGUAGUGUGGCGUAUGGAGGUUCCAAGAGAGAGAUCGAGGCUGCCAAGCCAAGCACUAAGCGGUAUCUUCCUGCGAUGCUAGAGAACUUCCACUGGUACAAUGGCUAUCGAGGAUAUGGGCAAUACUAA